AUCGGGGGCGGGUCCCACGAUGGAGCAACUGAAUUUUAAAAAAAAGGGAGGGUAAGGGGGCUUUAUUAAGAAACAGUGAAGGAAACAAUUUUCCAGUGACGGUUUGUUUUCUCUCUCGCGGCUGCCAUUGCUGUUUCGGUCUCCCCUGAAUGCCUUAAUCAGUGUUCAGGGCACUUCUUCUUCUCGGAAAAUUGUCGCGAUUUAUGAGCGGAGGAGCGAGGGAUUGACAGGUGAUGGUGGAUUAAAAUGGAUACAAGUUGCAUUCCUUCAACAUUGCACACGAAAAUGAAGGAAAAUGAGUCUGGCACUUGACUUUUGCCACCCGAUUGUAACUAUUGGAUUUCUGGGAACUAAUCUCCCUUGGAAGGCAAAUCCUCUGGUGAUCCUCUGAGAAAAUUGCGCUUGGCUUGCAUUGCUGUCAUUUUCAAUUGUAUGAGAUUCUAUAAAAUGGCAGUGGCGAUUGAUCAACAUCAUGGAUUCAAGCCGUUUAGAUCAUCUCAGAGAUGCAGACUCCAAUCCUUCACUCAACUCGAUCACAAACUUCUCGAACUUAACCAAACCAAUCUUGCACACUCGCUAAAAGAAGCAUUUCAAGUUGCCAAUUUCCACCGGAGCUUCUCCACGCCAUGCCUUUCCCUAGCCACUAAGGUGGAGGAAGAGUUCGACACCACUCCUAGAAUUGAGAUUAUUGGUGGCCGUGGAGUCGCGAGGGUGCGUGCUCUUGUGGUUGAAGUUGCCAUAGCUAUAGCCUCAGGAAUGGAUCCAUUGCCAGUGUCUAGUGGACUAGGUGGCGCUUACUUCUUGCGUGGGAGGAAUGGUGAUAAUGUUGCUGUGGCAAAGCCUAUUGAUGAAGAACCCUUAGCCUUCAAUAACCCAAAAGGCUUUGGGGGUCUGAUGUUGGGCCAACCUGGCUUAAAACGCUCUGUGCGUGUAGGAGAAACAGGCAUCCGAGAACUGGCUGCUUAUCUGCUUGACCAUGAUGGGUUUGCAGGUGUUCCACCAACAGCUCUGGUGAAGAUUUCUCAUGUUGCAUUCCACAUUAGAGAUGAAUCAGCUAUUCCAGCCACACCCUAUAAGAUUGCCUCACUUCAAUGCUUCGUAGAUCAUGAUUUUGACGCAGGGGAAUUGGGUCCUUCAGGCUUCUCAGUGGCUUCAGUUCAUCGGAUUGGGAUUUUUGAUGUAAGACUCCUGAAUCUUGAUCGGCAUGCCGGAAACAUACUUAUCAAGAAACAUGACCAGCAUGAGAAUUAUUCAGUUGGGGCUGCUGAGCUUGUGCCUAUAGAUCAUGGGCUCUGCCUGCCUGAGUGGCUAGAUGAUCCUUAUUUUGAGUGGCAGCACUGGCCACAGGCCUCGGUUCCAUUUUCAGAAUUCGAAUUGGAGUACAUAUCAAACCUUGAUGCUUUCAAAGAUGCAGAGCUUUUAAGAAAGGAGGUUCCUUCUUUAAGGGAAUCAUCCAUUCGGGUAUUUGUCCUUUGCACCAUUUUCUUGACGCGAGCUGCUGCUGCUGGGCACUGCCUUUCUGACAUAGGUGAAAUGAUGACUAGGGAGUUUUGUGGUGGAGAAGAAAACGUAAGUGUACUAGAAAAUCUGUGUGCAGAAGCUAAAGCAACCCUGCGUAAUUCAUCCAUUGAUGAGACAAACGAUCAUGAUCAAAGGAUAGAAGAAAGUGAAGAAGAUUUUGAAAUAUUUCAAUUUGACAACGAUGUUGAAGACACUUCUAAACUUCAGAAGCCUAAAGUGAUGGGUAAACCACCCAAAAUUCCACGGUUCUCUUCGGUUAAGUCAAUGCCUGGUUUGCAUGAUGCCACCUUGUCUCCACUAUAUGAGGAGAAUGACAAUAACCAUGACAUUGAAGGUAAUGAUGAUUUGGAUACUAAGAGCGUCAAAGGAAAUGGUAACGGUGACAAAGUCGGGGCACUGACUAGGAGCAUGAGUUAUGCAGUGCAGAACUACAACAAUAGUGAAACUGGAUUCAUCACUUUUGGAGACAUGAGUGAGGGUGAAUGGGAAAUCUUCUUGGAGAAUUUUGAGAAACUUUUGCCUGAGGUUUUCGAGGGCACAAAGUGCAUGGGUUUGAAGCAAAGGUUGGGAACUUCUUGCGAGUUCUGAGAAAUAUCUGAAGAAACAAAUAUGGGAACGGGAAUGUUGCUUGCUUGUAUCUAAGACUGGAGAAACUGUACAUUACUGCCCAAAUUGUUUAAGUACAUAAUAGCCUUGUAGAUGCAUAUAUGUAGACGGUCAUUAGGGCGCGAUGGAAAAGCGAUUAGGCAAAAUGUGCCAUCCUUUCCUUUUCUCUUGUUUUCAUUCUUUUAUAUGUUGGUUGUACACUAAUUAACCUGUUGCUAUGCACAUGGUGAAUUUGUAUAGAUUAUUCUGAGACAAUUACAUUGCUACUGUUCUUGAAUCGAAAUAGCAUACGAGAAUGAAUCAAUAAUUGUUAGUGGUAGAGCAAGCUAGAACUUCAAAUCAACACAGUCUUUGAUAGUAUCUGCUUCUUGUUUAGAACAAUAAUGUGAUGGAUUGAGUUAUACAAAGAUGAAUACAUAAAUUUGUAUAGACUUUUAAGCAUAGACUUAAGUCUUUGCUUAGUCUGAUUGGAAUUCAGAAGACUGAUAAUGUGCUCUCUUACCGGUCGAAAUCUCGCAAAAGUCUCUAUUACAGACCAAAGCUAGAUUACAAUUACAAAGAUGGUUCAAACCUUCAACUGAAAAGACAAACGUAAUAGCUAGCAUAAUAGGAACCCCAUGUCAAAUUCUCCGACUGUUGUUGCUGCAGCUUGUCUACACUUGAUUCUUUUAUAUAAACCAUAACAACACAGCAAAGAGAAGAGGAGAAGAGAGUCGAACAGUAGUUAACGAUUAUGAUGUCCGUCUUUUGAACUAGUACUGCCGGAAACACCAGUCAUGGCAUGUUCCAGAAUACGAUUACCACCAUGUUUAGUGGUAGUAGUAGUACUUGGGAUAAAAUGAUAUUGAUUGCCAAAUAUGUUGUUGGAGUAAUUUUUCACCUCUUGAUCAACUACAAACUUCCUGGCAUCAGCGGCUUCAAUGAUUAAUAAAAGUAUUACUGACAUUCCAGCAGCAAGGACCAGGAGAUGAAUUGGCUUCAUGCUGC